AUGUCGCCAAGCGAACUGCGCAAAAUGUCUCCGAAGUUCAGAGAGCCGGAAGAACCGACAGCGAAAGAAUUGGGAAGACGUGUUGUCACACUCAAAUGCGAUGAAGACGCUAUUUUUCCUUCAAGUGUAACAAAAUAUACUCACAAAGAGUCGGGUAGUAAAGAUGGUGUUAAAGAACGACUAAAAGCAACUGAAGUCGCAAGAUCGCAGGCGCCUAUUGUUUUUCACAGAACAGAAGGAGAGUGUGACAUCUGCGGACAAUUUUUGACCGAUGGUUUAGAACUCGUAGAAGUAUGGAGUCGUCGCAUUCUGCUUUACAUGUUAUUCAAGGCCAAAACUAUCAAGCGAGAUCGGUGUAAAAGAAUAUAUAAUACAACGGAACAGCUGGUGGUAUGUAGAGAACAUGUCAAACAGGCAAUCGAGGAAGUUUUCGAAACCUUCGGAACGCAACAUCCAUCUCAAUUCCUCUCGAUGUUCCAAGAUCCGACUCACAAGCCUAUUAUCAAUAGAAUGUAUGAAGAUUUAUGUCGAGUAUACGAUUUGUGGUAUGAGAAUAGGGAUACCUUGAUUCGAGCUGCUAGGAGCUUUGUGUUGAGCUGUGAAAAAGGACCUGCGACUGAAGUACCUAAUCAAACCAAUUGUCUGAAGACUCCAACAUAUUCUACCAGGUCAAGACCCAACACUGAGACGUGA